UCAUAUUACAUAGUAGUCAUUUAUGUAUAGAAUAAUUAGGUGGAUGUCGACCGAAAAGGAUCAGAUUGAUGCACCAUUUGGUCAAUUAUAUAUAGUCCCCUUCCUUGCGUUUACGCUCCGUGCCUAGGCAAACCAACCAUAAAUCCCUGAGGUCCAGAGAGGAGACCAUUCACAUUGGUCAUGGACAUGGGAGCACGGUGCAGCUCGGGCAAUGGUGAAGUGUGCUGCUGCUGUUGGAGCAGAAGUUUUUCCAGCAGAAAUUAUGAUCGAUUUGUGUCCCAUAUAAUAAGACCAAGCAGCGGAUCAAAAGCACCAAUUUGGAGACAGUUGUGGACGAAGAUGAAGAAGGAGAAGAAAAGAACGUUCUACCGUUCGACUUCAACGAGGUUUGCUUAUGAUCCAUACACUUAUUCUCAAAACUUCGAUCAGGGGUUGACUUGGGCUGAUCCUGAUGACAUCUCCAGAUCAUUUUCUGCUCGGUUUGCCGUUCCUUCAAGGAUCUUUGAUGACAAAGAUGUAUUAGAUGUUUGAAAAUUUGGAGGGAGUGAAGGAGUCCUUGAUGAUGUUCUAUCACUGGACUCCAUGUUUAGUUGUAAUGAUGUUCAUUUGAGGUUGACAAUCUUGAAUCAAGGCAUUCUUUCUUCCUACA